UCAUGUUAAUGCUCUCAACUCCAUGAGUAUCUAUCAAGUGUUGCUGCUCAUUCUUGUUCUAUUUUUGGCUAUGACUAGCAAUGUCGUGCCCAGUGAUCGACAAUGUACUUCAUCUUGUGGUGAUAUUCACAAUAUAAGAUAUCCGCUUCGAUUGAGGAGCGAUCCAAAGAGGUGUGGUGACUCGAAGUAUAAGCUGACUUGUGAAGAUAAUCACAUUGUUCUACACUUCCGCGAUGGUCGAUACUAUGUGCAAUAUAUCAAUUAUUCCACCCACCAAAUCAAAUUAAUCGACAACGGGUUGCAAAAGGAUAAUUGCUCAUCUCUCCCCAGUCAUUCACGGGCUUCAUGGGCGCUGUACAAUUCUAAGAUCUUUUCUGAUCCAAACAACCCAUACUACAUGGCCCGCCCAUACUACAUGGCCCGCUGUGGUCUAUUGAUCAUUGUGAAUUGCUCAAAGCCAGUUAGCUCUCUACUCUACAUUGCCACCACUCCAUGUAUUGAGGGGUCGAACUCUUUCAACACAUCAUCGAAUUGGAACUUGUAUGCUUUGAUCAAUCCAAAAGCAUUAGAUGUCAAGGAUUUUUGCACCAUUAGUAGAUGGACAUGGGUAUCAAUUGAUUUUGGGGAUAAAGAGCAAAUUAAUAGUAGCUCCUACAACUAUGAGCGCAUCCAUAACAUCAUGGCCGAUGGAUUUGAUGUCUACUUUGGUCGAACUUUUCGAAAUGCAAUUUGGAAGCCAACUUUCUUUUGCUUCUUUGAUUUCUAUAGCAUCUACAAAGGCCAUCAGGGUUGCAGAUCCUUUCUCUACACUGGUGCAAAAUUUGUAAUCGGGACGCCAUUUGUCGUGAUAUUUUUUAUCUACAAGUACAGAAGAAGGCACUUAGCAAUGGAUAAGAAUGUCGAAGAAUUCUUGCAAGCUCAUAGCCACUUUUUUCCCAUAAGGUAUUCUUACUUGAACAUCAAGAAGAUCACUAGAAAUUUUAAGCACAAACUAGGUGAAGGAGGGUAUGGUUCCGUGUACAAAGGAACGCUCAAAAGCGGAAAUGAAGUAGCCAUAAAGAUUUUGAAGCGAUCCAAGGCCCAUGGCCAAGAUUUUAUUAGUGAAGUGGCUACUAUUGGAAGAAUUCACCAUAUUAAUGUAGUGCAACUCAUCGGUUUUUGCUUUGAAGGCUCGAAACAAGCUCUCGUGUAUGAUCUCAUGACAAAUGGGUCUCUGGAUAAGCACAUUUUUGCUAAGGAAGGUGAUAAUUUUCUUGAUUACAUGAAAAUAUAUGAGAUCGCUCUUGGGAUCGCGAGGGGGAUUGAAUAUUUACAUCGGGGGUGUGACAUGCAAAUACUACACUUCGAUAUCAAGCCUCAUAAUAUUCUUUUAGAUAAGAAUUUUAUUCCAAAAGAUUCUGACUUUGGACUCGCGAAACUUUAUCCCACGGAUCAUAGCAUAGUUUCAUUAACUGCUGCAAGAAGAACCUUGGGAUAUAUGGCACCUGAGUUGUUUUACAAAAACAUUGGUGGUGUAUCUUAUAAAGCGGAUGUCUAUAGCUUCGGGAUGUUGCUCAUGGAAAUGGCAAGUAGAAGGAAUAAUAUAAAUGCAAAUGUAGAAUGCUCAAGCCAAAUUUAUUUUCCGUUGUGGGUGUAUGACCAAUUCGGUGAAGGUACAAGUGUUGAAAUGGAAGAAGUUGUAGAAGAGGAAAGGAAGGUGAUAAAAAAAAUGAUAAUAGUUGCACUUUGGUGCAUACAAUUAAACCCUGACCAUCGCCCUUCAAUGAACAAAGUCCUAGAAAUGUUGGAAGGAGAUAUUGGUAAACUUCAUAUGCCUCCAAAACCGCUUAUCUACCCACGAGAUGUGUCAGUUAACAAUGACAAAUUCGAGAUAGAACUAGGAAUACUCUCUACUUCACUGCGUGCUUCGGAUGAAGGUGUUGCUAUGGUGGAAGUUUCUAUUUGGGGGGGAAGAAGGCACAGAUGCUCUCAGCAAUACAUAUAUGAAGCGAGUAUCAUACAUGUUCUGGUGAUUUAUACACUCGGGGGUGAUGGAGCUCAUAGUUUUGGUCUUCUUGGGCAUGGGAAUGAAGUGAGCCACUGGGUAUCAAAAAGAUUACUUGCUUCCGGUGAUGGUGCCUUCGGUGUUCUGGGCCAUGGAGAUCGGAAGAGUGUAUCAAUACCCAAGGAAGUGGAGCCCUUGAAAGGGCUUCGCACUGUUCGAGCUGCUUGUGGUGUUUGGCAUACAACUGCAGUAGUAGAAGUCAUGGUUGGUAGUCCUACUUUCGGUAAUUGCUCAUUCAAAAACUGCAGUAGUGACUAA